AAGCAUGGGAAGCAAUCAAGAAGCAUUCGCUGCUACUUGAGAAAACAUUCAGCAACUGCAAAGACCUGGAGACACGUUGUUGUUUUUUUACAAUAAAUAUCACAUGAUCACUGAGUCAUUUCCAGGAAAGGAAACACCCAGUGGCUGAAAACUGAGAGAGCAAAACCUAACUCGGGGAUUUGGCGCGAGGGAGCCAUGGCUGCUUCUGGGGGUCACAUCCAGCGUCUCCUUGAUGAAGCCACAUGCUCCAUCUGCCUAGAUUAUUUCAAGGAUCCAGUGACCAUCGCAGAGUGUGGGCACAACUUCUGCCGAUCCUGCCUGAUCCAGUACUGGGGGGAAUCGAAGGCAGAGGCUUCCUGCCCUCAAUGCAGACGAAGAGUCCAGAGAAGGGGUCUCAUCCCCAACCGGCAACUGGCUAACAUGGUAGAAAUAGCCCAGAAUCUCAGCCUUCAAGAGGGGAGAGAAGAAGGAGGGGGGAAAGGGAGAAUGUGCGAAGAGGGAAAGGGAGAAGGAGGGAAAGGGAGAGUCUGCGAGAAACACCAGAAACACCGGGAGCCCCUGAAACUCUUUUGUGUGGUUUGUGACAGAUCAAAGGAGCACAAACACCACGAGGUGAUUCCUCUAGAGGAAGCUUUCGAGGAAUACAAGAAAUUAACGGAAACGGAGAGGCUGAAGACUGUGGAGAACUUCAGACAACUGCACCAAUUUUUGGAAGAACAAGAAAAACGUAUGCUGAAUCAUAUGGAAGAGGUGGAGAAGGAGAUUGCAAGGAGAAGGGAUGAGCAGCUGGCCAAACUCUCCAGGAAACUCUCCUCUCUUGAGAAGAUCAUCCAGGAGAUGGAGGGAAAGGGUCAGCAGCCAGCGAGUGAACUCCUGCAGGUAAGACGGUGACAGGAACAGCCCAAGGCUCCAGGAAGAGGCUGCCUCAAAUCCUUUCUGUGCCCCUUUCAUGUAUGCAAGGAGUGCAGGGGCUCAGUUGAUGGAGCCUCUAGU